AUGCAGCUUUUACUGCGUUCGGGAUUGUUACAGCAGUUCAAGUAUUUCCACGCUAAACGUUUCAUAACACAAAGCGCGACCGGCAUACAGGUUUCAGAGCUAACAAAUGAUGUAAAACAUCAAAUCGAAUCCCAUUGGCGUCCAAAAGUAUCAGAAGGUGAUUUCGAUCCCAAAAGAGGCGAUAAAUUUUAUGUGCUAUCCAUGUUCCCGUAUCCUUCAGGUACAUUGCAUAUGGGUCAUGUACGAGUUUAUGCAAUAAGCGAUACCGUAGCACGCUUUCAUCGCAUGUGUGGUAAAAAUGUAUUUCAACCUAUUGGUUGGGAUGCCUUUGGAUUGCCGGCCGAAAAUGCGGCGAUACAACGCGGUGUAGAGCCGGCUGAGUGGACAGAUUCAAAUAUUGCGCAAAUGAAGCAGCAGCUCCAAGCUCUAAGCUGUUCAUUUGAUUGGAAGCAUGAAAUGUCAACUUGCUCACCAGAAUAUUAUAAAUGGACGCAGAAGUUAUUUAUGAUGCUAUACAAUAGAGGACUAGCUUACCAAAAUGAGGCUUUAGUGAAUUGGGAUCCCGUAGAUAAAACUGUCCUGGCCGAUGAACAAGUGGAUGCCAAUGGAUGCUCGUGGCGCUCUGGUGCAAAAGUGCAGAAAAAGUUGUUAAAACAAUGGUUCAUACGCACAACUUCCUACGCUAAAGCGCUAUUAGAUGGUCUUGAGGAUCCUAUACUGCAAGAUUGGCGUGACAUCAUCAACUUACAACGUCACUGGAUUGGCGAUUGCGAUGGUUAUGCAUUUCAACUACUCACCUCAGCGACAAAUUACUUGCGUAUUUGGACAAAGUUUCCGGAACAUUUAAAGGAUCCAAAUGCAUUUAUUGUUAUUAAGCAAAAUCAUUACUUAUCCAAAUUGAAUAAUGCUUCUCGUCUAACUGUUGAAAAUCCUUUUGCUGGCACUGUUAUUCCAGUCAUCUUUAGCGAUCAAGCUGAUUUUCCCGAGCACUGUGAUGUUUACUUGGCUGCACCUAGCUUUCGUGAACGAGAUAGAGAACUCCAAGAAGAGUUUGGACUCGCAUUUUUCGCACACACAAAUGCUUCUAACACAUUAGAUGCUAAAAGUGCACGGGAAGAUGUUUUGGAAGCGGCCGAACGUUUGAAAAUUGGUGGCUAUCGCGUAUCCUCCAAAUUACAGGACUGGCUAAUAUCGCGCCAGCGCUACUGGGGUACACCCAUACCAAUUAUACACUGUAAAAAAUGUGGUUCUGUGCCUGUGCCUGAAGAGCAAUUGCCUGUUAUGCUUCCUGCAAAGCAUCUGACUAAUGCAGAACGUGAAGAGGCACUACGUUGCACUUGUCCCAAUUGCGGUGAUACAGAUGCAAAGCGUGAAACCGAUACUAUGGAUACAUUUGUUGAUAGCUCCUGGUAUUACUUACGUUUCCUAGAUCCGAGCUACACCAGGGAUAUGGUAAACAAGGACGUCGUAGACAAAUGCAUGCCAGUUGACUUAUAUAUAGGCGGUAAAGAGCAUGCAGUCUUGCAUCUAUACUAUGCACGUUUUAUCAAUCACUUUCUGCACAGUUGUGGAUUAUCACCCACAACGGAACCCUUCUCACGUCUACUGGUACAGGGCAUGGUUAUGGGACGUUCAUUUAGGAUUAAGGGUUCAGGACGCUACGUCAAGGAAGAUGAGGUAGAGAUUGUGAAUGCCAAAAAGAAUCAAGCGCGUUUGAAGGAAACUAACGAGCCAGUGGUUAUGACUUGGGAGAAAAUGUCGAAAUCCAAAUUCAACGGUGUAGAUCCAACCGAAAUGUUUAGAGAAUAUGGCACCGACACUACACGCCUCAUAUCGUUGGCCGAUGUGGCGCCGACCUCGCACAGAAAUUGGUCCAGUGCCACCUUCCCUGGCAUACUCAAUUGGCAAAAGCGUCUUUGGUUAACGUUGAGUGAUUUUCAUGCAGCGCGUACUGCUGUUAAUGAUGCCGAAUUAGAUAAUGUUGAUACCACAAGUGAAGCAUUUCAAGCGGAAGACGAUAAAUUGUUUGAUGCGCGUAAUUUCUAUGUGAAGGGUGCUACAUUUAACUAUCGCCAUACACAUCAAUUGAGCGUGGCUAUCUCCAAAAUGCAGGGUCUAACCAAUUCGCUGCGACGCACGCCAAAACAAAUUAUUCGCCAUAGUCCACAAUAUGAACGCGCUUUGGCUAGCCAGAUUAUAAUGCUUGCACCUAUGGCGCCGCAUUUCGCUUCGGAGUUAUGGUCAAAAUUCGUUGCUGUACCGAAUCGCUUGAACGCCUCAACGCACGAACUGCAAUGGGAAUGCGAUGUGUUGGCACAACGUUGGCCAGACAUCGAUGCAGACUACAAGCUGGACUUGUCAAUUAAAGUGAAUGGCUUUGAAAAUUGUGCCAUAAAAAUAGCACGUAAUAAUUUAGAUAAUAUUACGCAUAAUGAUGCAAUGGACAUUGCUUUCAAUACCGCAUCCGUUACUUCAUAUCUCACAGAUAAAAAGAUACGUACGACUAAUUUUGUACUCUAUCCGGGUAUUGAGGCUAUUCUAAAUAUUUAUGUCGAUAAAAUUAAACAAUCAACAUCGCAAACAUCAAGUUCUAAUGAAGAGGUUUUUAACAAAUAAGUUUUUAUCAAAACUUGGAAUAGUUUAGUUAUGUUGUUGUAAAUAGUUUUAAAAAUAUUAAGUGUUAAUAUUUACCUAAGCAAUUCGAUUUAUGUGACAGAAACAUAAAUAAAUAGAUAUAUUUGCUAAGCGGUUUUUGUAAUGUGUUUUAAGAUUGUUGGCGCAUUUUAAAAAAUAAAUAUAAUAUGUAUA